UUGACGUAGGCUCCACUCCAUUAGCUGUUCGAGCAUGCCACCUUCACUGCCGAACUCCCGUCCACCCAAUGAGAGCGCAUCUCGCGCUCAGCGGAUACAGGGUUUAUUAUUUGUUCGCGCGACGUUUCAUACUUUUGCAAAACAGAUUCAACUGUUUGUCUCCCAACACCGACGUCUCACCUGCAGUUUAUCAUGGCCACACGCAUACGACCCAGCAGUAAGCGGUGUGCAGUGAUAGGAGGCUCUGGGUUCCUGGGUAGACACCUGGUAGAGAAGCUGUUGGGUAAGGGCUAUACUGUGUCGGUGUUUGACAUCAGACAGAGCUACGAACUACCUGGUGUCACCUUCCACCAGGGAGACCUCUGUGACAAACAGGCUCUCCUAACAGCCCUCCAAGGCGUCUCCCUGGUGUUCCACUGUGCCUCUCCAGCCCCAGCCAGUGAUGACAAGGCUCUGUUCCAGAGGGUCAACAUCCAGGGGACACAGACUGUCCUACAGGCCUGCACUGAGGCUGGAGUACAGAAAGUGGUACUGACCAGCAGUGCCAGUGUGGUGUUUGAAGGAACAGACAUCAAGGAUGGGAGAGAAGACCUUCCCUACGCCAAGAAGCCCAUCGACUACUACACAGAGACCAAGAUAGAACAGGAGAAGCUGGUUCUGAAGGCCUGUGACAAGGAGAAGGGUCUCCUGACAGUGGCCAUCCGACCUCACGGUAUCUUCGGCCCCCGGGACCCCCAGCUGGUGCCCAUCCUGGUCGACACGGCACGCAGGGGCAAGAUGAAGUUCAUCAUCGGUGAUGGUUCUAACCUGGUGGAUUUCACUUUUGUGGACAAUGUGGUUCAUGGACACAUCCUGGCAGCUGAGAGUCUAAGGCCAGAGUCUCCUAUCUGUGGCAAGGCGUACCACAUCACUAAUGAUGAGCCUGUCCGGUUCUGGGACUUCAUGUCAGAUAUUCUAGUAGGUCUGGGCUACGCUGCUCCGCGCUACCACCUUCCCUACACACUAGUCUACGGGCUGGCUCUGCUGCUGUGGCUGCUGUCUCUGUUACUACGCCCCCUAGUGUCCUUCAAGCCCACCUUCACCCCCAUGAGGGUGGCCCUGGCAGGUACACAUCACUUCUACAGCUGCUCCAGAGCCAAGCAGGACAUGGGGUACAAGCCUGUGGUCGGUCUAAAGGAUGGGAUCAGACGUACGGUGGAGAGCUAUCCUCAUCUACGACAUGGAGCCUGAUGGCUGUACCUGCAGUAUGGUAGCCUGGAAACCAAACUGAUAUGCUCUGUGAAACAAUGGUGAAAUCGAUCGUAUCAGUUUGGAUUCCAGGCUAGUGGUAUGGAUCCUCACAGCUGAGUCCUAACUUGAGCUCUAUGCACACAACUUAGUCAUUUUAGUCAAAUCAUACACUGAUGUCAAUGGGAGGAAAACAUUAAGCUAGGAGUUGUGUGUACAGUUCCUCAAGUUAAGAUUCAACCUUGAGGACGGUUUCAUACUCUCACCAGUGUCUUGAGUCUUGAUCGUUAGGUUAAAAAGGUGUAGUUUUCAAACUCACAUAUUUCUUUGUCCCAUAAUACUAACUGAAGGUAUGAGCCGUUGACAUGAGUGCUUUCGGUCGUGUCUGUAGACCUGAAUGAGGAUCUGUGAACUCACCUUUCCUACAACAGUCACUCUUCCAUUUAGUGUUUGGUUUCAGUACCUCUCGUCACCAAUAGACAGCAGCCAAUAGACAGCAGCCAAUAGACAGCAGCCAAUAGACAGCAGCACACAUUUCUUCUCUGUGGAAUGUGGAUGCACAACCUAACAUGGAGAUGUUUCCAACACUUCCUCUUGCCAUUAUUCAUGAGCACUCAUUUUGAUGUACGAGUGUUACUGUGACCGGUUUCCCCCUACAGCUGUCUUCUAUUCUCUUAUACAAAUCACACGGAAUCAUGCAGUUUGUUCAUUUCAAAUAAAAAUCCAUUAUCUUAA